GCUCAACCCUAGUUGCAUCCACUUUAAGUGGAGAAGCGCACAUGCUCUGCUGGCCAAAACAUCAGGGUCACCCAAAAAAGUUAGAUGCUUCCUGAAACUUGAAGCUUCACACUUCUCCAAGCUAUGGAGGGCAACAAAGGCACGGUGUGCGUGACAGGCGGUACUGGCUUCAUAGCUUCAUGGCUCAUCAUGAGGCUCCUUGAACAUGGUUACUCCGUCCGGACCACCAUCAGACCUGACCCGAAUGGCAGAAGAGACAUCAGCUUCUUGAAAAAUCUCCCAGGAGCAUCAGAAAGGCUUCAAAUCCUCACUGCCGAUCUCAGCGACCCCGAGAGUUUCAGCCCAGCCAUUGAUGGCUGUGUUGGAGUCUUCCACGUCGCCACCCCAGUGGACUUCGAGGACAGAGAGCCGGAGCCAGUGGUCACCAAAAGAUCCAUCGAUGGAGCGUUAGGCAUCCUGAGGGCCUGCCUGAACUCCAAGACAGUGAAGCGGGUCGUGUACACUUCGAGUGCGGCUGCAGCUCAACUCAAGAACUCCGGGGCCGAUAUAUUGGAUGAGGACACCUGGAGCGAUGUCGAGUCCAUCCGACAAAUGACGAAGUUUGGAGCUUCGUAUGGGAUCUCGAAGACGUUGACUGAGAAGGCGGUUCUCGAGUUUGGCGAGCAGCAUGGACUGGAAGUGGUGACCGUGGUUCCCACAUUUGUCCACGGGCCCUUCAUAUGCCCCAAGUUUGCCGGAUCCGUCCGAACUUCGCUGGCUUUGAUAUUAGGGAAUGAGAAUGAAUACCCUAUUCUUCUCGAAGUAUCUUUCGUGCAUGUAGACGACCUGGCAAGAGCACACAUCUUCCUCUUCGAGCACUCUGAUGCCAAGGGGCGGUACAUAUGUUCCUCGGCCACAAUGACCAUCGAGGAGAUGUCCAAGUUUCUCUCCGAAAGAUACCCAGAAUUUCAGAUACCCUCACCAGAAUCCUUGAAGGAAGUGAAAGGCCCCAGGUUCACCCGCCUAUCGUCAAGGAAGCUGCUGGACGCAGGUUUCGAGUAUAAGUAUGGGAUUGAGGAAAUGUUUGACGGAGCCAUCCAAUGUUGCAAAGAAAAGGGGUAUCUCUAGAUCUGCCGAAGCCAUUCCAUGCAUAUAAUAGAAUACAGUAAAUCAGGCCAACAGUAGUGAUGCUUGGAGUACUAAAAAGCUGGCAUGACACCGUAUAAUGGUGUGACCUAUUUCUUUUCUGACCUGAGCUGAAUAUAGUCCUCUAAACAAAAUGCAGAAAGAAUAGAGAAAUAUGUUGAGAAAAUGCGUACUGUACAUCUAGCACAGCUUGUGAAAACUGAUUUCUCCAAGGGCCAUGUACGAGAUAUCAAACCGCAUACAAUAUUUUGGUACUGUAUAUUUCUGUUCUUGUGUAUUUGAUAUUGCAGUACUGCGAGCAGAAGCACUUAUGGCAUGAUAAUGGAUAUUGUUGAAAUUUUCUGUUUGUGAAGCUUAAUACGCCA